GUUUUCCAUUUGUUUCUUAAGACAUACACUUCUUUUCUAUUAUUCUGAUAUCGAAGAUUCCAUGCUAACAGGUCCUACAGAUCUCCGAAGAUCAUAAUAUCUUUUGAAAAAAAGAAGAAAAUGGAGGCCAUUACCGAGGAGACGGCCGUUUUCCGCCAGGCAACGCAAAUUUACCUGGCGGAAAACCGCGCUGAAAUGGAAUCAUUAAUCCACGAAAGCACCGACCGGCUCAUGGAGCAAACACGGGUCCCGGCCCAGGAGGCCCAUAGCUGGCAGACAAGAACUGUUGAGCUCCAAACAGAGUUCAUGGAACUUUUGAAACAAUAUUUGGAAGCGGGAGGCACCGUCCUCGCCGCACCAAUAUACCGCGCAGACGCCCUAAGGGUCGGCGGACGACCGGCAAUACGCCCUUCGAGGGUUCAUAUCUUCACGGAGUUCAAGAAGCGAUAUGUACCUGGCAGUGUGCCACUUCAUCUCCAGCAUCUUCUGGAACAUAGAUCCAAUGGACUAUGGAUCCAAGCUUUGGCUAUACAGAACCAAGAUGGGGACAUGAUCCAAUUGAAAAGAAUAACAGAUGAAUCAACACCCCAAGGGGAAGACUUAACUGUCUGGAAGUGGUUGUUCUGUGAGCUUGGAGAAGGCGAGGAUUUGAACACCUUAGUGACGGAAAAGGAGAGGUGGGGAUGGGGUGGAAAGUUCACGUGGGGUACGCCUUUGGAGAGAGGAGAGCAAUGGGGACAUGGGCAGGUACUUGGUGGAGAUGAUGAGAAUAUUGUGAUAUUGACUUAGGGCCUCUGAUACAGCAUGAGCAUGGGGGCUGAUUCCAGCGUGGGUCAGCAGCUGCCAAGAUACGGGUCGCACCGUGAAACUCGCGCCCUGGCACUUUUAGAGCACUCUACUGUUGAUGAUGGUCAGGGGUGGAUGGUGUGGUGGAUGUGGGUUUACAAUUUACGGAGAGACGAGACGACGACAUGAUCGUCUGUUUUCUCAAUCCAUUUUGUCUAUAGAUCGUUGCAUCUACAUUGGCAUCAGAGGCGUUGGGCUUUACCUACGUGGUUUUUAAAAGUUGCGAAGAAACUUGCCUGGUAUAGCACUGUUUAAAGGGGGCAUUGGGCUUAUACCAUCGUUGCAUUUGCGUUCGCGUUGCGCGCUGGAUUUCAUUAUAGGAUGGAGUUUAAUACUGCUGAUACCCA